CAUCGGCAAACUUCAGCAGAAGCUCUGCUGAUCGGUACCUUUGCGGACUCCUUUGGGACCCAAGACGCAGACCAGGCAAGUAGGCAAUGGUAGGGUCUCUGCCAAGGCAAGUGCCCCUUGACCUCGGGGGACUUUGAACAGCUCGAUUGCCUGUUGCAGCAGACGUGCUUUGAAGCACAAUCUACAUUGGUGGUAGAACGUCCUACACCCACCCUUCAACGACAUUGUGGCCCAGAGAUUCGAUUUGGUACAUCGUCGAGUAUCCGUUCGCGCACAAUUCGCAUUGGAUGGGAGCGUCACAAGUUUCGACAGCUUCUGAAAUAGUUACAAGCACUCGACAUACUGAACGCUCUUCGCGCAUCGUCUGGAACAGCACCAAUCAGGCAUGGCCACAUCGUACUCUCAGCGCCAUCAAGCACACGCAAUGCCUGCCUAUCAGCAAGGCUAUUCCGGCUACGGCAAUGGCAACGAACGCGACGGCUAUGCAUCGAGCGGCUCCCGUGCGCAAUCCUCCUGGGACUCUCCCAAGCUGGAUGCAGAGGAGCCUGCCGAGGCGAACUUUGCCGGGUUCGGCGCAAGAAAGUUUGCCGAGAAGCAAAGGAGGGCCGCGCAGGCGGCGCAAAGACAAGCGGACGAAGCAGCCAGAGCUAGAGAGAUUGCGGAGCAAGAAAGGUGGGAGUACGAGCGUCGACGCGCGCGGGAGGAGGAAGAGCGUCGAGCUCAUGAAGAAGAAGAGCGGAUGAGGUGGGAAGAGCACAAGGCUUACGAGGCCGAGGAGCGCAGGAGGCAACAAGAAGAGGACGCCAGGCGCGCUUGGGAGAGGGAAGAGGCUCAGCGUCAUCUAGCUCAACAACAGCAGGAAGAUGAGGCCCGAAAGGCUAUCGCGCAACAACGUCUGGAUGCUCAGCAUAGGCGCCAUGAGGAUCAACGCCGCGCUGCAGUAGAGCGUGAAGAGCAAGCUCGACUCGCUGCCGUCAGGGCGGAUCGCGAGCGCGAACGAGCCCGACAGCUAGAGGAGCAAGAAGAGCGAGAAUACCAACGUCGGCGUGAAGAAGCUGCAGAGCGCGGGGCCGAGGCUCGGCGGCUGGCACAGGAGCGGAGUGCGCCUGCGCGCUCAGCAACGCUGGACUCGAUAUCGACUGCGAGCGUCCAUCUAGCAUACGACGGCAGCGAUACUCUAUCGUCGUCCGGCAGUCUGUCUAGCCGACACGGUGGCAGAGGCGAUCUGCAUCCUCAGAACAUGCUUGCCCAGGCAAAUGUACGAGAGACCAUCUACGAAGACGACUACGAGGAGGACGAGGAGGAGCUAGACGACGAGCGGAGAAGGGCUAGGUACACUGCAUAUGCUGGACCACACGACGAUGACACAACGAUCGAUGCAUUGCGCAGCGCAGCAGCAGCUCGAAAGACGAUGGCGCGUGCCACGACCUAUGAACCUCUGCCCAAAGCCAAGUGCGCCGACUGUGGCACCCUACUGUCUUUCGACGAGCUUGUGGAACACACGUGUGCAAGGGCGGGAAGCACCUCUCCGCUUUCUCCACUCACCAUUGCCGUGGAACAUGCUCCUGCUGCGAGCACUGCCGUCAAUGGUGGCUUUCCAUUGGUAGAGUCUCCAAUCGAAGGCCGCCUUUCUCCUGCAAAAAGUGGUACACGGUCGCCUUUCUUCGACCGAUAUGCCAGGCUCGAGAAUAAAUCAGGCCGGAGCAGCCCAGCUUUGAAUGGUGCGGGCGGCGGAUUCGAUGCGGUGACACCGCGCGCCUCCUCCUUCGACGCCCCGCGGUCCGGUACGACGAGCGCAGAGCCUCGUAGGACGGCGAGAUUUUCGCCUCCCACAACCUCUUCGGCUCUGCCAGCUGCAACCGACGAAAACGCAUCUGAUGCGCGGAUCCGCAUGGUUGCAGAACGCAAGAAGCAGAUCGAAGCACAGCGCGCUGCCGCUCGAAGCCGCAAUGCGACCCUGAACGGUGCUCCGACAGAAGGCUCAGCGAGCCCAACCCCAGAAAUCGCUGGUGCAAAGCCUCCUGGCUCCCUUUCCCACGCCAAGGCACCCAGCACUUCGUCUUCCACCUCUUCUAGCCACAGCUCAUUGUUGGGCCGAGGCAGAAAUGGAAGCUCUGCUUCUGUCAGCGCUGCGAUCACACCAAGCUCGAGCUUCGAUCACACGAGCGGCAUGCCCAGUCCCCGCGAGGUCGUCCUCGUCGCCUCUGUCGACUCUGCAGGGGCCAGAAGCAGCAAUGCGACCGCCAGGCCAAGCCCCAAGUCACGCGGCGUAGACCUGGACAAGAUCGAGGCCAUGCUUCAUGACUUGGAUAUGAGCACGCCACACAAGGAGCCUACGAAGCCGAGCACGGAGAAAGUCGCACGAAAGGAAGAGGUGGCAUCUAGAGGCAAUACACGUUCUAAAGAUAUCAACCCAGCAAAGUCUCGCGAGACGCGAUCGAGGAACCGGUCGGAGGAGGGUGGCAAGAAGCUGAAGCACGAUCUGCGGACCGCGAAACGCCAGACCAAGCUUUGCAGCGUCUGCCUGUGCCCCCUGGGCUCCAGCAAGACGCCCUUCGUCGAGCGCGAUGGCAAGUUGCUCUGCGCUGCAGACUAUGCAGACCUUUACUUGCCAAAGUGCCGCAAGUGCACCAAACCUGUGGAGAAGGAUGCUGUGAAAUCGUCCGAUGGUGCUCUCAAGGGCAUCUUCCACCGAGGCUGCUUCUGUUGCUUCCAGUGCGAUGCGUCUUUCGAGGACGGCACGUUCUACGUCUGGCAAAAUGUGCCCUACUGUAGCAAGCACUACCAUGCCUUGGCAGGAACUCUUUGCGCCGGAUGCAACGAGGGCAUCGAGGGCCAAUGCCGCCAGACAGAAUCUGGCGAGAAGUAUCACCCUCAAUGCCUGACUUGCCAGUACGAAGGCCACGACAGCAAAGAAUUUUGUCGCGAGCUUCUAGACGAUUACUAUUUGCUCAACGGUCAGAGGCUUUGCGAAUGGCACGCCCGCAAAGCUCAAAAGGAGCUGGAAAAGCGCGGGGGUGGCCAAAAACAAAUUCGAGCACAGCGCCGCCAGACAUUCCUUCAGACUCUCCAGUAGAUCGAUUCAUUAGGUGCUCCCAACGAGCGUCGCCAUCUUUAUACCUUUACACAUUAUCGCUGCACACCUUACAUGAUUAUUCAAGAUACCACUGCCCUUGUUCGUUUCUCGC